UCGACGUUUGACUCACUCGCCAUGGGCCUCAGAGCCAUUCUUUGGCUGGCCUAUGAGCUCGUCUCGGGCGUUGACAACUCUCCUGCUCACUUCACAUGCUCCUCCUUCGUUCCGCCAGAUCUAUCCCCAAAGAUCGAUGCCAGCUAUCUAGCCUUCGCCAUUGAGCAAUCCUCCGCGGUGCACUAUGCAGUGGAGCGAGACGGCGUGACGCCCAAUGACUACUCGAUCAACCUCUUCCGAGCCAUCACAAAUACGACCGGAGGCGACCUCCACAUCCGCCUUGGAGGCACGUCAAAUGACUAUGCACACUACUCUCCCGGUCAGCUGGUUCCCGCUUUGCCCAUCGCGGAGCAGAACCAGAGCCAAGUGGUCACGGUCGCCAAUCUCUCACUCGGACCAUCGUACUGGACGACCAUGGCAAAGAUCCCAGACGCCAAGUACGUCAUCCAGAUCCCACUCGUCCAGACCAACGAUUCGGAAGCCGUGGCAUGGGCAGAGUCGAGCUAUGCGGUCCUGUCUGAUCGCAUACAAUCCAUCGAGAUUGGAAACGAACCGAACAGCUACCCCAACGGACACGAUGGACCGGGCUUUCUACCGCCCAUGAACUCGACCUACUAUGCCCAAGUCUUUGCCGACCGUGUCGAUCUCAUCACCAAGUCACUAAAUCUCGACGGCAAGAUCUUCCAAGCGAUGGAUCUUGGCGAGCCGCCCACGGAAUGGCUCAACGCACCAGACUCGUUUGCCGCGGGAAUCGAUCGAGCGGGGAUGAUCAAUCAAGCUGCAUUUCACCUCUACCAGACGACCUCUGGGUCAGCAGACACCCUCCAUUCCGGACUGAUGAAUCACACCGCCAUCACCAGCCUUCUCGACCGAUACGUCCCUUCCAUCCAGCACAUUAACAAAGACCAGCACCUCCCCUUCAUGUUCAGCGAAGUGGGCAACUCUCUCAACGUGACACAAAAUUAUGCCUACCAAGCUGUCCUCGGCUCGGCCCUGUGGCAGAUGGACUGGGAGCUCGCGGCGGCCGUCAGAGGCGUACACAGGGUAUACUAUCAGCAGAUCAUGCACGCGGGCUACAACCUCUGGCUACCUCUCGACUCGUCCGGUCGAGAGGCACAGACGUAUUCCAAUUUCUAUGGACGCAUGGCGAUCGGCGAUUUCCUCGGCGCCACAGGUGGUCAGACGAGGAUAGCACCUGUACACGUAGCAUCGAGCGCUGAGCUCGCUCACAUCAGCGCGUACGGUGCGUGGGUCGAGAACGAGCUGGUCAGACUAGCCAUCGUCAACUUUGAUUACUGGGACUCGAGGGGCUCUCCCUACAACCCUCAACACCCAGACUCGCUCUGUACUACCUGCCCAAAGUCCCACAAACACCGUCCCGUGUUCACCAUCGUUCUCGACGGACUCCCGUCCCAGUCGACGAUCCUCGUCAAGCACUUGACUGCCGACUCGGGAGCUCAUGCAGAUGGGUCCGAGGUGACCUUUGGUGGUAUGCAGUGGCCCGCGGCGACAAGGGGUCUACCAGUGCAGGUGAAAAGGGAUGACAAAGAGGUCAGGGUGCACAAGGGCCGCGCAGAGAUCAGGGUGCAUGCCAGCAGUGCCGUGGUAGUACACCUGGGUCUGUAGCGAUAUAGGCAUGAAUAACUAGUACCAUCUGAAAUCGCUUCAAGCUCGGAGAAAUCUUCCAGCACAACACUGCAGCAUCGUGUGGGUCUCUUUGCGGAUUGGCAUGCAUGCCGAGCUUUGGUGGGACUCGACCCAGAUAUACUUGCCUUGAGCCUUGAGGACCACAGGUGCUUUGAGCUCGACGCUCUGAGCCCAGUUGCAACUGCCGGGACAGCGCUCUUGCUGCUGUGAUCAGAGCCAUCCUGAGGAAUAGCUCACGUACGACAGUCUCUGCUAGAGGUCAGAGGUGGGUCAAGAUUUGUUGUCGAACAAGAAAGAAGGGGUAUGACAACGAUGAAGCAAAAAGAAGACAACGAUGAAGCAAAAAGGACGUUAUAGGACAUACCAGGGAUCG